UAUGUCUUACCAUGAGAAUGGACCUAUCGUCUUACCUUACGAUAUAGAAUAGCAUGAUUACAAGAAUGUGGGAUUCUGUGUACAGCACUUUAAAAUGAAAGUGAAUGUGAUCUCUAAAGCAAACGGGAUAUUGUUUGAAGAAAUUCUAUUGGGUAUGAUGUCCAUGGAUGCCACACAAGGAAGCAGAGUUGACCUGAAAAAUCGAAAGUGAAACUAUCUGAGAAACACUGUCAAAACAUUGGAGGCAGAACAAGUAGGUUAAUUACGAGAGAAAGCAGAGCCAUGCCAGCGAAGUCGGUGCAGUUCAGCGGUUGGGAGGCUGUGGUUGAGAAGCAGAGUGUCCUGAAACCUGGUCAGGCACCGCGGGGCAGACAAGGCUACACCAUGUACCAUGGAACCCACCGUGACAGAGCCCGAGCCAUCAUCACAGGGGGGUUCCAACCCUCGGCGGGGGGCACGUUGGGCCCGGGGGUCUACUGCAGCCGGGACAUAGCCAAGGCACAGGGCUACCCCAGUGGUUGCCCCUCUGUGGAACACGUGGUACUGCAGCUGAAGGUCCGGGUGGGCCGCGUGAAGAAGAUGGAUGGGCAGAAUGUAGCAAUGUGGCACUCGUGGCAACAGAGCGGCUACGAUACGGCCUGGCUGCCCUCCACCGUCAAUGGGCGUGAGGAGGACUGCGUGAAAGACCCCAAGCGGGUGGCGGUGAAUGGCAUCGCGCACUGUGGCGACCCAGCCACGAAGCACGCCCUCGAGAAGCUCAUCAGUCAGCAGAGACAGGGGGCGGAGUCAAGUGGGCGGGGACACGAGCAGGGGAUUGUGGCCGGGUGUAAGCGGUGCAAGAAGCAGACACCGAUUGGCCACUCUCUGGAGGUGUGUUGGGGGUGUGGCGCCACAGUAUGCCCGUUUAUGGACAAACAUGUCUGCAAAAAGAGCAGUUGAAAGUGACAGCUUCUAAAUACUGGAGACUUUAUGAUGAUGACAUUACUGGUUCGUUCGACAAUAAAAAAGGUUUGUGUGGAAUUAAA